GUUAAUCCCAUCAUUGGUGCUUCCAUUGAGAGAAAAACUGUGAGAUAAAGCUGUGAGAUUAUGGCCGGACGAAGGACGAGACGUAACACCGCUGCUUCCGCCCAGUCGACGGUGAGAAGUGACAGCCCGGAACAGGGUAUGAUCGUUCCUGUCAAUGGGUUGGAAACAGCGUUGAAUAAUGUGGCUAACAUGAUGGCCAACAUUAUGGAACGGUUGGAUAAGGCUCUCCCUGGUCCAUCCGGUACCCGGGACAUCCCUGCCGGGCAACCCCGCCAGGUCCUGCGUACUGCGAGUUCUCCCAUCCUCCAGGAGCUUCAUGAUCUAGAGGAGGUCAAGAGGGAGAGACAGGCCGUUGCUAGACGCCGGGUGGAGGAAUUGGCCCGAAAUAGUAAGGUGAAUGGAGAUUGGGCCAAGGCUGCAAGCCAGGUCGUCGGCAAUGGAAACGAAAACCCGCGGGGAACUGUCUUUGAAAGGAUAUCUCGCCAGAAAGCUCACGUUAGUGAGAGGCUGGGGAAGAAUCCGGACAAAGCACCCCAGGGUUGGAUACGACCCCAGGCCAGCCAGGUGGCGUCUUCUAAGCGCGAACCCCGGCAGCGAAACGGCCGCGGUGGUAGCCAAGCGCCGGUCCGGUCAUUGGUGGUUCUGGAUGAGGACGAAGUUCAAAGCCAAGUCAGGGUCCCAGCGCCACAUCGUCUGGGGCCACCGGUACCGGAAGCUGGCGAAUUCCAGGAUCUGAGGCAGCAAAUCCAGGAGAUGCAGAGGAAGAUAAACAGGGGACGAGUAUUCACUACCCGGACGAAUACUCCCUUAGCCCCGGAGAUCUUUGCGGAACCAUACUCGCAGGGAUUCAAGAUGCCGUUCGUUAAACGUUAUGAUGGGGAGUCGGAUCCCCAGGAACAUAUAAAUAGCUAUGUCCAGGUGAUGAUUGCCGUUGAUGCCAGCGACGCAUUGAUGUGCCGGUGUUUCUUGCAAACAGUAGAUAGCAAGGUGGCGGAUUGGGUGAAUCACAUUCCUGCCGGAUCGAUCCGGACAUGGGAUGAAUUGGGAUUGCGGUUCUUGGAUCAUUUUUCCGGGAACUGCCGUCCCAAGAAGCAUUUCACUCAUCUUGCUUCAGUGCGGCAGAAGCACGGAGAAUCCUUAAAGAAUUUUCUUAUCCGAUGGAGAAAAUAGUCCAGGUAGGUUAAAGGAACCGACGACAAAUCCAGGUUAGCCAUGUUCACGUCGGCAUUGCAGGACGGUCUCCUUCAUACUGAUCUCACGACUCAUCCCCCGGAUACCUUUGAAGAAGCAAUGGUCCGGGCCGGAAGGUAUGUGACCCUGGAGGAGAGAAAGGAGGAGAAGAAAGAGAAGACUCCUAAAGAAGAAGAGAAGGCGGGAAAUAAGAAGCCGUUCAAGAACAAGAAGCAGGGUUUCCCGGAUGGCCCAAAGGGCACAAACCCUGGGACCCCGGAAAAGCACAAAUCUGCCAAUCCAGUCUUCACGUUGCCGGUGGCUGAGGUCAUGGCCCACGCCACACAGCAGGGACUCAUGACUUAUCCGACCUAUUCUCAGAAGG